GAAUUGUUCCCGUUGCUUGAAUGUGUUUCAUCGGUAGCGUCCGCCAUGGGCAUAGCCUUUUUACCCUACUGUGAGCCAGUUUACACAAGGUGCAUCACGCUUAUAACACAAUCACUACAUCAGUCCAUGGAAGCACAACAGCGACCGAAUGAGGUGGAAAUGCCGGACAAAGAUUAUCUUAUCGUUGCAUUGGAUCUGCUAUCCGGUCUUGCCGAAAGUCUAGGCGCGCACAUUGAACCUCUUGUAGGACGAAAUGAAGUGUUACAGCUUUUGUCAUUGUGUGCAGUGGACCCAACUCCCGAAGUACGACAAAGCAGUUUUGCGUUGCUUGGAGAUUUAACGAAGGCUUGCUGGCAUCAUAUAAAGCCAUAUACUCAAACGUUUAUACCAAUUUUGGCGAUGAAUUUUGAUCCAUCCCAUAUCUCCGUCUGUAACAAUGCGAUCUGGGCUUUUGGGGAGGUGAGUGGCUGA